AUGGAUCUCGCGUACGACCAGAUCAAUCAGGAUGCUUAUCCGAAAGAUGACGACAAGAAGGACGGCGACAAGAAUGACGGCAAGCCCGAAGUGAGCCUGAACGACGACAUCCAGGAAGCGUACAAAGCGCUCGCCAACAGCCCAUGGGGCGUCAAGCUAGGCGGCUUCCUAGGGAACGCUGUCAAACAGGGCCAGUCAGUGUACCGCGAGGCUUCGAAAGAGGUCACUGAGCUGGGACAAGAUGCUGCAAAGGGCCUCAGCGGACUCCAGAGCUCCAUUAUCAGCCAGACGCGGGCCCUCACUCUCGACACGACGACGACAGCGCAGGAGGGGGAAUCAUCUGGGACCAAGACAAAGGAAGGCGACGACAAGGGAGAGGCUACACCCACCAAGGCCCGAGCCUCGACAUCAGAAGAUACGCUGAGCAACUCCGAGACAUACCUGUCGAAGAUCCGCGCCGAGGCUGCCAAGAGGUUGAAGGAUCUGCAGAAGGCUGAGGAUGCCGCCGACGAGGCGCUGCUUCGUUUCGGCACCAACAUCUCCAAUUUCCUCAAGGAUGCCGUCAGUAUAGCACCGCCUACGGAAGCAAGCAGCCAGAGCAACACGGUUCUCUUUGAGAGCAAGGACGCGCAAGGAAAGCGUGUCAUCCACACCUCGCGCCAGGACGCACAGCUGCACGCUGUCCAUACGAGCCCAGAGAGCUUCGCCAAGGAUCCCGCCACGGAGGAAUUCAAGACUUGGGCGAAGACAUUUGACGCCGAGAAGAAGACGGCAGACAUUGCGGAGGAUCUUUCCAAGUACCCCGAGCUCCGUUCUACAAUGGAGAAGCUGGUGCCGGAUCAAGUGCCCUAUGCCGAGUUUUGGCAGCGGUACUACUUCCUGCGUCACGGUCUCGAUGCCGCCGAGACGAGGCGGCGAGAUCUUCUUAAGGCCGCGUCCGCCGAAGACGAGGUCGGUUGGGACGACGACUCGGAUGACGAGUCUCCCCCGGCCAAAGCAGAGCAGGAGAAGUCUGAACAGGCCGAGGAGAAGCCCAAGAUCGCGAGACCAGCUUCUGUGGAGUCUUCGACCACAAUUCACCCAUCUACAGCCGCUUCAAGCCUCAAGCCUGCGCCCGAGUCGCGUACGUCGAACGACGAGAAGUCUCAGGCCGAUAGCGAGGCGAGCUACGAUGUUGUGGGUGCCCGGUCAGGCGUUGCCAGCCAGGCACCCAGCAGUCCGAAGGAGUCUCGCAAGGGCGACGACAGCGACGAGGACUGGGAAUAA